CCCUACUCAACCCCCAGAAAAGCACCAGUGAAACUUCAUGCAUCUCUACCGUCAUUCAGAGACCUUAAGGUAUUUCUCGCAACCCCAUCACCCGGAUCAGCCCAUCGAAACUCAAAUCCCCAAUCACGAAAACCCCAACCCAACUAUUCCCUAUACGUCGAACAAAAUCACAAGAAAAAAGAAAAGCCCGAGGUUGUCAGAGAUCCCUGUCUUAUAUAGCCGGCUAGUCGCCCGCGACCGCCCCCUCUGUGUUCAGUUUCUUUUUGUAGCUGAUGCUUAUAGCGAGACAAGCUCGAUCACUCGCAACGCAACUAUCUCGCAGCAGCAGCAACAACAGCAGCAGCAACAGAAACAGAAACAGCCCAAGCGACAUUCUUUGAAUCUUUAACUACGCGCAGAAUAUCCGCCCUAUGCAAAAAAAGUGAUCGUUCGUCCUGUGCAGCCCUUUCAUCGGGAAAGGCCCAAGACAACUCAUACACGCACACAUUGUCCUUCACCUGUCCUAGCUGCGAACGGCCCCAUCGGUACAUUCUAGUAGACAGUCAAACCCGAGUCGACCGACUACUGUUCACUGCACCAACUGCCUUUUCUUCCAUACUUGAGAUAAUGUCCACAUCAUCCUAAACCGAUCC